CUUUUAUCCUCUUGAAGGCAAUAACCACAAACACCCCCACCGCCAGUCUUUCUACUUUUUCUUUCCUUCCCUUGUCCUCCACGGAGGCACAAAUAAGCGAAUGUUAAAGAAAGAACAACCCCUUUCCCUCUCUCUCUAAAGAGGAAUUUUUUGGUGGGAGAUUCUUGGAUGGGCUAAAUGCCCUCACUAAGGAGCAAAGCAGUGCACCUCGUCUCGGAUCUGACCACCGUCAUCCUCAAUCCCAUCUCCGAUGAGCCCUCCAAGCCUCCCGUGGACGGACAAGGGGUGAAAAAUACAGAGAAGGAAGCUUCAGAAGAAGAUUCUGGGGAUCCAGAUGGACCUGAUACAUCCUCUUUUACUGCCUUCCUCAUCUCCCUUUUAUCAUCAUCAGACACUGGUAGUCAUCCUGUAGAGGAUUUAAAUGAGCGCCAUGCUGAGAUGGGAGAUGCAGCUUCAGCAUCAGAGAUCAGGGAAAAUAGUGGAAAGAAAAGUCUACUUUCCAGAGGCAAGCAAUCACUGGGCAGAGCUAUAAACAAAGCAGCUAAACUAAGUGGUUUUAGACAAAGCUCAGAGCCAAAAACUAAGGCGGUAAAUGAAUCAAAACUGGUUGAACAUGAGAGGAGGCCUGUAAAGGUUCCACAAGAGAUUGCAUCACAUUUUUGUCUACCAGACAUGUCUGAACCAUCAUUGCUUCUUUCAGAAGAUUUGCGAAAUGCUCUUUAUGCAGCACUGCCAUCUCUGGUCCAGGGGAGGAAUUGGCUUCUGCUUUAUAGUACUUGGAGGCAUGGGAUAUCCCUAUCAACUUUGUACAGAAGAAGCAUGCUUUGCCCUGGCUACUCUCUGUUGGUUGUUGGGGAUCAAAAAGGUGCAGUUUUUGGUGGCUUAGUGGAGGCACCAUUGUGCCCUACCAAUAGGAAAAAGUAUCAGGGUACAAAUAGAAGCUUUGUUUUCACCAAUCUGUCAAGCCAUCCUGUCAUAUAUCGUCCUACAGGUGCUAAUCAUUACUUUACUUUGUGCUCAACUGAUUCCUUGGCCCUGGGUGGAGGUGGUCAUUUUGCGCUAUACUUGGAUGGAGAUCUGUUGAAUGGGUCGAGUUCAACUUCAGAAACUUUUGGCAAUUCCUGUCUUGCACACUCCGAAGACUUUGGGGUCAAGGAGGUUGAGCUGUGGGGGUUUGUCUAUGCUUCGAAGUACGAUGAGAUGGUAACUCUAUGUCGAACAGAGAAACCAGGGAUCUGCAGAUGGUGAAUUGCUGUUGAACGUUUGGAAGGAUUGUGGCAUAUUUAAACCUUCUGUUUGUAGCUAACACAUGUUUGGAGUUAUUGUACACAUGUGACCAGGCAUUCUGUAUAUAAAAUCACGUAACAUAGUUCAUACUUGGUUGUAACGCGACAACAGAGACUCUGCAAGAGAGAAGCUUCCACAGAACUAUGUUCUUAUCAUGCGUGUCGGAGAAUAUUUUAGCAUAAAUUGGCA